AUGGCCACCAACGGUACAACCAACGGCACGACCGGCACCGGCGCCGACACCACCCACACCCAGUCGCAGCGCUAUCUGAGCACUCGCGGAGAGGAUAGCGGUUUCUCCUUCGAGGAGGCUGUCCUCAAGGGUCUCGCCAGCGACGGCGGUCUCUUCAUCCCCGAGCACAUCCCCCAGGUCAACAACUGGCAAGACUGGAAGGACCUGUCCUUCCCGGACCUCGCCCACAAGAUCCUCUCUCUCUACAUCUCCCCCUCCGAGAUCCCUUCCGAAGACCUCAAGGGCAUCAUCGACCGAAGUUACGCCACCUUCAGAGCCCCCGAGACCACACCGCUCCGCCACCUCCACGACAACCUCUACCUCCUCGAGCUCUUCCACGGCCCGACCUUCGCCUUCAAGGAUGUCGCCCUGCAAUUCCUCGGCAACCUGUUUGAAUACUUCCUCGUGCGCAAGAACGAGGGCAAGACUGGAAAGGACAGACAUCACUUGACUGUCGUCGGCGCCACCAGUGGUGACACCGGCUCCGCCGCCAUCUACGGCCUGCGCGGCAAGAAGGAUGUCUCCGUCUUCAUCCUGCACCCCAAGGGCCGUGUGAGCCCCAUCCAGGAGGCCCAGAUGACGACCGUCCUGGACAAGAACGUCCACAACCUCGCCGUCACCGGUACCUUCGACGAUUGCCAAGACAUCGUCAAGGCCCUCUUCGCCGAUUCCGACAUCAACUCGACCCACAACCUCGGCGCCGUCAACUCCAUCAACUGGGCCCGUAUCCUCGCCCAGAUCGUCUACUACUUCCACUCAUACUUCUCCCUCGCCAAGACUUCCGAAUCCUUCAAGCUUGGCGACAAGGUCCGCUUCGUCGUGCCCACGGGCAACUUCGGCGACAUCCUCGCUGGAUACUUCGCCUUCCGCAUGGGCCUGCCCGUCGACAAGCUCGUCAUCGCGACUAACGAGAACGAUAUCCUGCACCGCUUCUGGACGACCGGCAAGUACGAGAAGCAGCCCGCGCCGCCCUCGGAGGCUACCGGCGGCCUGGCCACGGACGGCGCCAAGGCGCACGAGGAGGGCGUUAAGGAGACCCUUAGCCCCGCUAUGGACAUCCUCGUCUCGAGCAACUUCGAGCGUCUUCUGUGGUUCCUCGCCUACGAGUUCGCCACUACUGCCGGCAUGGACGAUGAGUGGAACAAGCGUCAGGCCAGCCAGGAGGUCUCUUCAUGGCUCAAGGACCUCAAGACCAAGGGCGGCUUCGGUCCCGUCUACAAGGACGUGCUCAACUCUGCCCGCCGCGACUUCGAGAGCGAGCGUGUCAGCGAUCCCCAGACCGUUGAGACCAUCAAGAGCAUCUACAACAAGAUCGACUACGUCCUGGACCCCCACUCCGCCAUCGGUGUUGCCGCCUCUCUGCGAUCUAUCGAGCGCGCCGAGGGCAGCGUGCCGCACAUCUCCCUGUCUACCGCCCACCCCGCCAAGUUCGCUGGCGCCGUCGACCUUGCGCUCAAGGAGGAGAAGGGCUUCAACUUCAACGAGAAGGUGCUCCCGACCGAGUUCGUCGGUCUUGAGGAGAGGGAGAAGAGGGUCACGGAGAUCGUCAACGACUGGCAGAAGGUCAGGGAGGUUGUGAGGGCACAGGUCGAUGAGGAGCUCAAGGCCGCCGAGAGCUGA